UUCCUCAUUCCCUCAGUCCAACCAGCCUUAUACUGACCAAGGACUGAGGGAGAGAGAAGACGAUAAGCUAAGUCAAUGAGUCACACAGACAGAUAAAACAACAACACUAAAAGUUCUGAGGUAAUUAGAUCAAGUGGUGGACAGAGCCACAGGGAUCUGGAUCUACAUGUAUAGUGGUUUAAACUGAAGUCGAACUUAAAGUUUAUGUGAACUGAACUGGACUAACCCAAACAGAGUUGGGCUAAGCAGGACCAGGACAAAGUGGAACCAUGACUGCAACCACUAGACGGGUUUACAAGAGGAGGGAGACCAUCACAGCCCUUCCUCUGUAUUACUCAGGACAGCUGCUGAAGAAAUACACUGGAGAGAAGGAAUUUAAGAACUUUUAUGGGGAGCUCCGUGGAUCUACAAUCUUUCUGUACACAGACGAGAUGCAUGACACAUACUCAGAGAAACUGGACCUUCAGAUGUUGAAGUCGAUGUCGAUGGAUUCUCCUUAUCAAAACAACAGGUCAACCAUCUACACUCUCACCCUGACCAAUGAGGAAGUGCAGCUAAAGGUGGAUAACCCCAACACAGGAGAGGAGUGGAGAGGCUUCAUCAUGACUGUGGCCACUAAGGAGAUCCCCAGUAACCUGCAGCUGCUCCCAGGUCAGAUGCUGAGGCUGGAAGAGGUUCUGUCUGAGGAGAAGAAGAGACAGGCCCCACUUUCUCCCCUGCCUUACACCUACCAUAUCCAUCCCUCCUCAGGCGACACAUAUGACGACGCCCUCUCUGGAAUCCCCCCCUGUUUCUUUCCUGUGUCUCGACAGAAGGCAGAGAAGAUGUUGAAGGAGAACACAGAGUACGGCAGCAUCAUUCUCCGCCCCUCGACUGACAACACUAACUACGCCAUCACCUUGAGACAGGACUACCCCAGUGGCCCAGUGAUGAAGAACUACAAAGUGCUUUCCAUAGACACAGGCUUCAUCAUAGAACUAGAUGCCCCGGUGACUGUCCCUUCCCUGGGGGCAGUGCUAGAUCACUUCCUGAAGGCGACAGAGUUCCGUCUGCACCCAUACCUGGUUCCCCAGACCUACGACACCUGCAUUGAUUUGCCACUCGCAUUGCCCUGUUUUCCACCCAAAACGGUCCCCCGGGCGAGAGUGGCACCGAUGAUCCACACAAAGUCCCCGAAAGGGAGCACCCCUCCCUCCUUUCCCAAACUCCCAACCAAAGCCAAAGAGGCAGGAAACGAAUAUCAGGACGCAGAUGAAGUAUUAACCCCAGACCCCAGACCUGAAGACCUGGAUUAGGAGCUCCACACAGCAGUACCGAAGGGGAUAAAACAGACCUACACAGGGGAACAGUUUUCACACACUACACAAAAAUCACACACAGAGCAACAUUGUCACGAAUGAACACACUUGAUCUAUAGCAUCGAGCAAGGUUUUAUUUCACAGUGGUUUUGUACCCAAAUGUCACGUUGGCGAGGAAACAACCUGUCAAUCAUCCUUGUAAAGAUGUGUACACUAUAGUAAAUGCACUUUUUGUUUUAGAGCUCAUGCUUGGCUCCAGUUAAAAAUUAGCACAAAGAUUAACACUGGCCUAGAUAUCUGAAUUAUCAGCUUCUGACCUUUGCACGCACGCACACACACACACCUGAAAUAAACUACCACACAAAUGCU